AUGUCGAGAAUCAGUGCGAAAACCACAUUCGAGGCGUCGCGAACGCUGCAUCCUAUUUACACAGGAGGAAGCACAUCGCUAGAUGCCAGUGGUCGCAUACUUGCAUCAUGUGUCGGAGAAGAUGCACUUAUUGUCGAUCUCACUACAGGCGACCAGUUGGCCAGCUUGGAAGGUGAUGGAGAACUCAUUACUAGCCUAGCAAUUACACCAUCGGCGUCUCACGUUGUCGUUUGUUCAAGAUCGAUGUCCAUGCGCUUUUACUCCCUGACACCUUUCAAUAUUGACGAAAAAGGACCCAUAGAAACAACUCUACUAAGAACCGUCAAAGCACAUACCUCUCCCGUGGUCACCACGGCUAUCGAUCCCACCGGAACUCUUUUAGCCACCGGAGGUGCCGACGGAUCUAUCAAAGUAUGGGAUAUCAGGGGUGGGUUCAUUACGCAUACAUUUCAUGGACACGGGGGAGUGGUAACCGCACUCAAUUUCUUCGAGGCUAUUACAAACGUGGGCGAGCGCAAUGGAUCGAAGCGAACCAACAAGAAGCAAAAUGAUGACGACGGAGAGGCAGAAAGGUCAAGGACAAUCCGGCUAGCGUCUGGUGAUGAAGAGGGAAAAAUGCGAGUCUGGGACUUGCACAAGAAAAAACCGAUUGCUUCUUUGGAGUCGCAUGUCUCCGUGGUGCGCAGUUUGUCCUACUCUCCAGUCGAAAAUACUCUGCUUUCGGCUUCCCGCGACAAAACGGUUAUAAUUUGGGAUGCGAAGACAUGGAAAAGUCGUCGCAUAAUUCCUGUGUUAGAAAGUAUAGAGUCCGCUGGAUUUAUUUCUGAUACUAGUCUAUGCUUCACUGGUGGCGAGAGAGGUGUUUUACGCAUCUGGGAUACCAAUAGGGGAGGAGAAAUAAUCCAACAACAAGAAGAAGGCUCUGAAACCGACGCUAUUAUCACGACCCAGUACUCUUCCGAGUUGUCGUUUGUGGUUACUGUCCACGCAGAUCAGACACUUCGACUCCACUCUAUCGAGUCUUUGACCGAUUAUAAACCAGGCUCGUCAUUAGAACCUUUGCCAGUUAUCAGAAGGAUUUCCGGAAACGAUGAUGAGGUCAUCGACUUGGCUUAUGUUGGUCCAGAGAGGUCUCUUCUAGCAAUGGCGACGAAUACUGAAAGCAUUCGUGUUACACGCAAAGUAACGGCAAAGGUGAUAGCUACUUUGGAGCAGAUGUCACAUACUUGGAGGGUCACGACGAUAUCAUUGUCUGCCUGGACGUCGACCCCCCCCGGUUAUUGGCUGGCUACCGGCGCCAAAGAUAACACAGCUCGUCUUUGGCGUCUUGAUCCUGAAACUUCAUCCUAUACAUGUGCAGCAAUUCUUACAGGCCACGCUGAAUCGCUGGGAGCAAUUGCACUUCCCAGAACUCCACCUCCAGCUGGGUCAAAAGCUUAUCUUGAUCCAUUGAACCAUCCUCCAGCAUUUCUCUUCACAGGCUCUCAAGAUCGGACAAUCAAGAAAUGGGACACUAGCAAGUUGGGUAUCUCCCAAUCAACUCCCAAAGCAGCAUAUACCAGAAAAGCACACGAGAAAGAUAUCAACUCCUUGGACGUAAAUUACACGGCAACCCUAUUUGCUUCAGCUUCUCAGGAUCGAACUGUGAAGAUCUGGUCCGCAGAAGACGGAUCAGUGGUUGGUAUUCUUCGUGGUCACAAGCGAGGAGUAUGGUCUGUCCGAUUUUCACCCCGUGACAUGCCAAUCAUUAGCUCAAAUGCAGGCACCAGCACCAGCCGCGGAUUGGUUGCAACAGGUUCAGGUGACAAAACCGUGAAAAUCUGGAAUUUGGCCGAUUUUAGUUGCCUUCUCACAUUUGAGGGUCACACAAACAGCGUCUUAAAGGUGAUAUGGCUGCCGCCUUCGCAGUUAUCAACGGAAAAUGAUGCAGAAGAUGGAGUUGACCCCAAGACACAGGACCGCACAGCAACUCGUCCACUCCUCGCCUCUUCUGCCGCAGAUGGUUUGGUGAAGAUCUGGUCCCCUUAUAGUGGUGAGUCAGAGGCUAGUCUUGACAAUCACACGGACAGAGUCUGGGCUCUCGCUUCUCCAACCCCUUCAGGAUCGAGAUCCGAUGUCAAGUCACCAUCAAGUUGUCCAUACUCGCUGAUUUCAGGAGCUGCUGAUUCCACUGUCACGUUCUGGACGGACACGACAUCCGCCACACUGACUGCUGCGGUCUCAGCUAAUUCUGCUCGCAUUGAGCAAGACCAGCAAUUACAAAACUAUAUCCGUACUGGCGCAUACAGAGAGGCCAUCACACUCGCCCUUCAACUCAACCAUCCUGCUCGACUACUUUCAUUAUUUACCGCUGCUAUUGACGAAGUCGAUGGAAAGAAGAGCGAAAAUGAUGGAAAUGACAAGGACGCGGACUCUGCUGCAUUAACAGGCAACAGCGCUGUGGACACAGUCCUACAGUCUCUCGAUCAAGAUAAUCUAUACCUUUUACUUCUCCGUCUCCGUGCCUGGAACACGAACGUGCGUACCGCCAAAGUCGCGCAACGCAUCCUCUACACUCUAGUCCGGUCAUACCCAGCAUCAACAUUCAUUGAACUAGCCAACCGUCCGCCUCCAGCUGCGGUGACUCAAGGCCAAAGAAGUCGAAAGGAUGUUAGUGGUCUGUCCUUGAAAGAGGUAUUUAACGCCCUGUCGUCGUACACUGAUCGACAUUACCGACGGGUUGAAGAACUUGUCGAUGAGAGCUAUCUUGUGGAAUGGAUUCUUGAUGAGAUGGAGGGUGGUAUGGGCUUAGUGUCUGGUCUAUCUGCAGAUAAGAAUGGUGAUAGUAGGUCUGGGCGUGAAGAGGAUGUUAUUAUGCUCGAAGCAUGA